UUUGGGGCGGAGCCUGCCACCGGCCGCCAGGGGGCGCGCCGAGACGACACUUUCAUGGAGGCGGUGAAGGCGGAAGCGUGGGAGGGAGCCGCGGUGGCCCAGGACCUGCUGGCUCUGGGGUAUGGAGGUGUCCCGGGGGCGGCGUCGCGGGGCGCCUCAUGCCCAGACUUCAGGGGGCUGUGCGUGCGGCUGGCGGCGGAGCUGGCGACGCUGGGCGCCCUCGAGCAGCAGCGAGAGGCGGGCGCGGAGGUGCUGAGCGCCGGCGACGGCCCUGGCGCGGAGGAGGACUUUCUGCGGCAGCUCGGCAGCCUGCUGCGGGAGCUGCACUGCCCGGAUCGCGCGCUCUGCGGCGGGGAUGGCGCGGCUGCGCUUCGGGAACCCGGUGCCGGACUGCGCCUGCUGCGCUUUCUCUGCUCAGAGCUCCAAGCCACCCGCCUCCUGUGCCUGCGCUCUCUGCUGGAUCCGAGUCCUAGGCCACCCCUUGGUGAAGGGGUGGUGGAGGGAGCCGGCAUGGUCCAAGAACUGGACCUUACCCUCCAAGCCCUGGGGCUGCCCAGACCUGCACCAGGGACCCCCGCCAGCCAGCUGCUGCAGGAGUUGCAUGCUAAGAUCUCAGAGCUGCAGCCUUCUCUGCCCCCAGGGUCCCUGCAGCCCCUCCUCAGCUGCUCGCUAGAUGCACCCAGAUGGGAAGCGUUGGAGUCUCUGUCCCAAAGCCUCAGAGAUCAGUACCGUUGCCGCCGCUGCCUCCUCCUCAAGCGCCUUGACCUCACUACAUCUGCUUUCCACUGGAGUGACCGGGCAGAGGCCCAAGGAGAGGCCAUGAGGGCAGUGCUGAUCCCAAUUCGAGAGGUUCUGACCCCAGAAUCGGACAUCUCCAUUGCACACGUUCUGGCUGCCCGAGCCGACCUGUCUUGUCUCGUCCCAGCCACCAGCGUGGCUGUCCGCAGAGGGACCUGCUGUGCCAUCAACAAGCCUCAUGCUGUUCCCUUCGCUCUCUGGCCCCCUUGUCCAAGAUACUUUUUUUCUGUGCAACUCAAAUCUCAUAAACUCUCAGGUGCUUAUGGGCAACGUUCCAGACCGGGGGGGCCGCCCAAAUGAGCUGGAGCCUCCCAUGCCCACCUGGAGGAGCCGAAGAGAGGAUGGAGGCCCCCAGUGUUGGGGCCGCAAGAAGAAGAAGAAGAAGAAGUAAAGGGGGACUGGUGGUCGGGGGCCGGGGGGUCCUCCAUGAGAUGCUAAUGCUAUCGGUAAUCUCUGGGGAGUCCGUUUAAGGUUUUCCUUGGUAUUUGGCACCCAAGCCCCCCAUCUCCUAUUCCUGAGUCCCCAAAUGCCCUACUCCCAUUCACGUCAAUACCAAGAACCAUGUUCUCCAGAGAAUAAAUUUAAUUUAAGACA